CUAAACUGAACCACCAUGUCCUCCUCUUUGCAUGCUGACGUUCCUUACUCACGUCCCGCAACUCCCGGACCCCAUGCUUCACAAGUUGGCUUUGUUGGCCUUGGUGCCAUGGGCUAUUUCAUGGCAAGAAAUCUUGCGACACGACGGCCUCAAGUUGCAGCAAAUACAAAUCCACCCCUCCUUGUUUGGAAUCGUACUUCAGGGAAGGCUGAGAAGCUUCUGAAGGAGGUUGGUCAUGAUCGGAUCCGGAUCGCACAUUCUAUAGAACAAAUCGUGCUGGAAUGUGAUAUCAUCAUCAGCUGUUUGGCAAACGACGCUAUCGUCAAGAGUACGUAUGAGUUAUAUGCAAAGGCACUUACGAACAAGCCGCCUACGAAGCACAAGAUCUUCAUCGAAUCUAGCACGAUCUUUCCAACGCUUGCAGGUGAACUGGACACAUUGCUCUCUGCCAGCCCUCAUACCAACCUUCUUACCUGUCCCGUAUUUGGGACACCUGCGGUGGCUGACGCUGCUCAGUUGUUGAUCAUUUUAAGUGGCGAUUAUCGCUCUAAACAAGAAGCUGCCUAUAUCCUGGUUCCUGCGAUAGGGCGAAAAGCAAUCGAUCUCGGCGAAAAUUUAGAGAAAGCUCCUACGUUUAAGCUGAUCGGGAACUCAUUGAUUCUCGGGACACUUGAGGUCUUGGCAGAAGGCUUCACUCUGGGACACAAAGCAGGGAUCAGUUCUGAACUAGUAUUCAAUCUAGUGAAAGAGAUCCUUCCUGCACCGGGAACCGUUCGAUAUGCCGAGAGAAUAGCUCGGGAUGAUUUCGAUGGCACUGUUGGGUUUGCCGUUGAUGGUGGCAUCAAGGAUGCUUCACAUAUUCGUCGCCUGACGGCCGAGCUGAACGCACCGAUGCCUGUUAUGGACAUUGCUCAUCAGCAUCUCAUAACUGCCCGAGCGAUCAACAUCAUGAAGAAGCAGCAAGGCCAUCCCGCCUUCGAGACCUUGGAUUGGAGCAGCAUUGCCGCAGGAUCUCGCGUCGCUGCUGGUUUGGACCCCUUCGACGGCAAUCAGGCCAACAUUGAGCCGAAACUCGAGGAUUGAAUCCAAUGAACUUCCGUGACUAUAUACUCGUAACAAUAUAGAUGGGGAAUUAGUUGUGAAUUGUGUGUACAUUUAGUGCUUGUAUGUACCCCCAUUUCCCAGGCGAAGGGCUAUU